AUGUGUAUUGAACCACUCAGACCUCCAGCUGGAGAUUCGGAUUCCGUAAGCCGUGAGAUAGAUCUUCUGUACAAUUCGAAGAUUGUGGAAUGGACCAAGGCGAACACAGAGCAGCCACAACAGGGGUUGAGAUUGUGGCUGGAUGUGGGUCCUUGGCAACAAAUUGUCAUCGAUGAUAUGAUCGAGAAGAAGAUUUGCACAUCCACGAAGCCACUGGUAUUCGACGACGAUACUUCGUCUCUCGUGGCCCAGUCCGAGGUUCAAGAGACGCUUGCGAGGCUCAACUUUGAUGUAUCGCAGAUUGGAAUCGACGAGCAACCGCCGUCCAGCAGGGAAUGCCUCAAGGACCGACCCAGAAGCUUGAAGCCGGCUGAGAUCGUUGGGUACCAUAUUCAGAUGUGGUGGCCGUAUCCGGUGUUGAUCGAUGGGCCUCCUGGAAAUGUGGCUAAGGGCACAGCAUAUGAGAUUAAGGGCGGGGAAAAUAAGGACAAAUUGGCUCAUUACGAGACGAACAACUAUAAAGACCGCGAAUGUAUUGUUCGCCUUGGGACAGAGUCUAAAAUCUCUGACACGACGUUUGAUUCACAUGCAUACGGGCAUCUCGAUCGUUCUCUCCCAAACUCAGAUCCUAAUGACUCGUUGAUUUUCGACAUUGGCAAAGGCACAACAUUUAUGAGGCUGCAGCAUGGCAUCAGCAAACCCAUCAUUGAUGCAUUUGAGGAAUCCCCGAGGAGACCAACUGAGUUGUCAGGCCAUGCCACAAACAUUCCGGCCGAGACCUCUGUCGGGCGCUGA